GCGCGCAGCCAGUGCCGUGCCGUGCGCUGGAGGCUUAUGGUAAUUGCGGUCUCCCGACUGGCCUUCUGGGUAGAGUCUGCGCGAGUGGGAGUGGAGCGAGUCGCUCGGUCUCGGCACAGCGUUCAUCCAUUCUGUGCGGCACUCCCCGUAUACAAGCUCCGUGCGUCCUCGCGGUGUGUGUGCGUGUGUAUGUGUGUGUGUGCGCCCGAACCGAGGGAGGUGGUGGUGGAAGUGGUUGUUAUUGUUACUCUCUCUCUCUCUCUGCGCUCCUCGGACGGAAAGCUCACACGGAAUAACCUUCAGCGAACCUUCCGAGGCGCGGACUCCGGCGUGUGAGAGGACAUGGAGUGACGGAGAGCGGGAGAAAGGGGCUUUUUCCGAGGACGGCGUGCUCCGCUCAAACCCAACAUGGCGCUGCUGCGAGGUACGGCCGAGCUGAAUUAAUUUCUCCGCCGACCUCGCCACCUGUAUCCUUUUUUUUGGUGGGGGGUGUCUCACCGACUCAGAAAGGACCUUCUUUUCUUUUUCUUUUGUGGAUUUCUCUCCCUCCGUGUCCUGACGCGUGUUUUUGCCUCCGCGCAGGAUCUUUUUUUUUGUUGCUUUACGGCUGCCCAAGUGACAUUUGCAGCAGCGAAAAAGUCCGCUUGAAUCAUCUCUGCUCAUGGAUGAGAGUUGCCUGUAAGACAAUAGAGACUUUUUUUGUGGUUUCGUGACAAGUGGAUAACCUGUUAGACACUUUUAGUUGUUUUUUCCUCUCUGGCUCGGAUUGUCUGUCUCCAGCAGACAGACAGGCAGGACCGUAAACCCGGGGCUGUUUGGCUCUACGUACGCGCGGAUCGCCGCCGUGCUCCCAGUUUAACUUGGAAAGAAGAAAACAGGAAAAAAAGGAGUGUUGAGGCGCACGGACGACGAGUGGAAAAUAUCCCAAAUUAACCAGGGCAACAUCUGUUCGUGAUGCCGAUGCUGAGACACAAACCAACCUGGAACUAAGACAAGGGAACCACAUCGCACGAAACAUGGUGGAUGCAAGGUUGACGCCACUGGCAGCGAUGGGGCUGGACCGAGGCACCCUGAUUCACGAUGGUCUUCGUCUCCACGGUGGGGUUGUAUACCCAGGGAUCAGAGCCCUGCCAGCAGAGAAAAGCAGAGAGACGCCUGGCCUCCCUCUCACUUAUAACAGGGACGGCCUCCCAGAGCUCAUCUACAAGCCCGAUGGCACUCUGGACAGUCGUAAGGCCACUAAUGGAUACCUGGGCCUCUACAAAGGCACCCCUCCAGGUCUCCACAAGCCUAUGCUGGUUCCUGGAGCAGGAGCUGAAGGUUUGGGCUUGGAACGCAGGGGAGGGCCUGGAGAAAAGGCAUCUGAGCUGGCCUUGGCAGGCGCUGGUGGCAGCUACCUCCGCCUGCCAUGGCUCACCCCCUACCCCGAAGCGAGCAUGUAUCCCUUUAUGGACACGUCCAAGUACGCGGCUUUAAACAUGUACAAAGCCUCCUUGCUCAGCCAACCGAACCCCUAUCUCCCCCAGCACCUGGCCUACUCUUCUCUGUGUGCACCCCAAGGGGGCAAUGUUAACCCUGCUGCAGCCGCCUCUGCAGCCGAGAGGCUCUACUACAUGCCCCCCUAUCCUCCUUCUCCCAUCUCUUCUCCGCUGGUGGCGCCUCCUAUGAGGAUUCCCGCGGUCACAGUGGCCCCCACAUCGCUGGUGCACUGCCAGGACAAGGGGCUCGGUGUUGCGUCUCCGUUUGCACAGCAGCUUCACCAACCUUCCCCUCAUCCUCAGCACCAUCAGGCCGCUAUAGACAGGGACCGGUCCCCGAGCAUGAGCAGCAGACCGAGCAGACCUCCCUCUAGGAAGGGGUCUAGCAACAAUAACACCACCAGUAGCACUAGCACCAGUGGCACCAACAGUGGGAGUAAUAAUAGUCUGCCCACUGAUUCGUCUCCUCGUGCAUCUUCUCGCCUCCCCCAGCCUCCCCCUCCUCCUACUCUCAUUGACAAUUCACUGGACUUACAAAGGCCAGUCGCUAGGAUAGGACAACCGCCCACCUCCUCCUCCUCUUCUUCCUCAAUAUCUGCCUCAUCCUCAUCCACGCAGUCCAUUCCUCAUCCGUUCUCCAUGAGCAGCAUGGCGUCAGAGCAGCCCUCUCCCGCCCGGCCCAGCCCCCACAAAUCAAGGCAGAGAGACGGGGCGCCCGAGCACAGAAGUGUCGGGGUCGAGCGGAAACCCAGCAGGUCGCCCUCCAAACCCAACUUUGAAAGGCUGGCUCACCAACCCCAAGCAACCAAAGACUCGGCAGAGAAGCCCUUGGAUUUGUCUGGAAGGAUAUUGGAGUUUGGACUGCCCCCCAACGGAUUCCCAGUUAAGAUGGACACUAUUGGGUCAGGCGGACGUUACGGACAUCCCCCGAGCCGAGAGCUCCUAAAAGAAAACCUGACCCUUUCUCCUUCCUCUCAUUCUCACUCUGUGGUUAGCAGCACUUCUUCAAAGGUUCCAGAGAGGCCAGAGAUGAUUAGCACUUUACACUCCUCCUGGGUCGUACCCAGCCCGUCUCCUUCCCAUGCACAGCACACACCGGGCUUGCCCCCCUCUCCGAGGCCUAACACGGACCUGGCCCUUUCACAAGCCAAAGGCUCCUCGCCCUCCGUCAUCAAACAUAAGGGUCUGGAGAGAGUACUCCCUCAGCAGCGUAGCUCAUCCUGUCCGAGGAUAGGGGAGCCCAACCACAACGUUUCCUCCACUCAACACUCCUCUCUGGUCAGCUCCAGGGCUCAUUCUCCUAAACCCAACGGUGACUGGGUCAAACACAGUCCCAGUCAAUCAGAACAUCAACCAGUUGUUGGCCACCACAGAGAGGGAACGGAGAAGUCCUCCCAGACCACUAAGCGAGGUGAGACGACUCCAGACGUGUCCUCGUACAAGAGGCCUUGUUUAGAGAACGGUCACCCUCCUGGCCACCUUUACCUUCCUCAAAGUGACACUUAUCUGAACCACAGUUUGGCCUACGCCAACAGAUACCUGCACUACCCCAUCUCUGAUGGCAUGGCACUACACUCCCUGCCAAUCGCAGGGAAAGGUCCAGUCUACCCUCACCCAGUAUUGCUGGGCAGCAACAGCCUUUACCCGGCCCACUUAGCAGCAAAACACCCUUUACCCUACCACAACCUUCCAGCUGGUCCAGGAGGGGAAUACCUCACUUAUAACUCACAGGAGAUGGCCCACCCCCUGAUGCAGACUCACUCAGACAAUAAGCUGCCAGAGAGGGGGGAUUUAACCUUGAAGUCCCGGGGACAGGAGAAAUCCCGGGGAGCUGUCGAGGAAUGCGGCAGCCACAGAGAUCACGGCAUCGGGAAAGAGAUGGGCGAAGGAAGCCAAAUGAAGCCCGAGAGGGAACGUGGACAGGGUGGCAGUCAAAGCAAAACCCACUCGUCCUCUGUAACAUCCAGAGAAAAGAUUGUCUGCAUUGACCUUGUACAUUCAGACACCGAUGUUGAGUCUAACCCAACGGUCCACAAACAGCCCUCUGCUGAGACCGGCACCAAAGUUAACCAAAAUGAAUGUUGUCAUAGUAACCAAAAUCUGACAAAGACUGACUAUGAGCCAAAACACCAACACCACCUGUCCCAUCCUUAUCCAAUCCACUCUGGCCUGAGCCCCACCCUGAGGCCCAAUCACACCGACAGACAGCCGGAGACUCCCUUUGGGAAAGCAAAGGUUCUUCAGGACACGAGCUGCCCCGGCGCGACGUCUCCACCUUCUCCAGGGCAGUUCGCCAAAGCAGAGGAGAGCUCGGAGGAACGGAGCCCCAGUCCUGGAGACUCUGGAGACCAAGACCAGAGCACCUUACGGUGCGCCCGCACAUCUGGGGAGCGCAGCUCCGGUAAGGACAAAGACAGAGACCGAGACGGCCGAGCUUUCCACCUCGCUCAGCGCAGCUGCAUGGACAUGGUGAACGAGGAGCUGGCGCGCGAGAGGGAGACGGAAAAGGAGGACAGCAUCGUCGACCUGGGAGAGUCUCAAGGAGAAGGGGACGAGGACGAGGACGACGAGGGUAGCCACACUUCGUCUAAGGGCGCUCGUAGAUCCAGUCUGGCCAAGAGGAUCGCUAACUCCUCAGGCUACGUUGGCGACCGCUUUAAAUGCGUCACCACUGAGCUGUAUGCUGACUCCAGCAAGCUGAGCCGUGAACAGAGAGCGCUACAGAUGGAAGUCAUAUCACGAGAGGGGAGUAAUAUAAGUCAACCUGCAGCUAACUGGGAGCGGGCGAUGAUGCGGUUCUCGGAGCUGGAGCUGAAGGAGAAGGAGGGCGGCGGCGGCGGCGGUGGUGGUGGCGGCGGCGGCGGUGUGUGUGUGUCUGCCUCGGCAGCAGCAGCGGCAGCAGCAGGACGAGAGCUGGCAGACGGCCAGCACAGAGAGCGAGCGCUGGAACACUGCCAACACACCACCAGGCAGGGAGAGAGGGAGGGUGUCCGGCCGGCGUACACCAACAACAGAGUUCCAGUCCUCCAGAGGUGCGGUGGCCAGAAGGAGCCUUUGUCCCCGGGGCACGGUGCCACCAGAGGAGGGCUAAAGGACGGAGCCCGGAGGCUGAUCAGAGAGUGUGAAUCAUCCCACUGCGUGCCUCCUAUUUUGACACCGGCUAAAGGGUACGCAGAGGAGAAGGUCGGCCCCGGGUUUGGACUCACGAGGAAACGCCCACUCGCCCUCAAGUGUGAACUCGAGGACACGGAGAGGGAGGAGGGAGAGCGGGUGUCCCACCCGGAGAAACGAUCCAGGAUUUCAGCGGAUGAGCAGGCCAGUGCCGAUGAAGACGACGACGAUGACGAGGUGCGGAAGCUCAAAGUCUGCAUCGAGCUCAAAGGGCUCCGACUCAGCAAGGCCGCCGCUGCCGGUGCUGGAGCACUAUCGCCCGACGGCUCCCAAAUCAAACAGGAGAGAGCGUGGCCCCAGCCCCGAUCUGUGGCCACGGUGCAGAGCCCGCAGGAGCGUAAAAUCAGGGCCGGCGAGCUGGAGGACAGAGCCGCGGCGCAGAGAGCCGAGAUCAACAGGAAGUGGGGCUGCGAGAAGCUGCUUAACGGAGUAGCUGCGUCUCCCCUCCCCCCCAGCCAACUGAAGGACAGGACGCAACCGCUGGGCCCCUUCUCAGGUGACCGUGGCCUCAAGGAGCCCAGGAGGGGCUCCCCCCCCUCUCCGGCCCCAACACAGCCGCCGUCCGCGGGAGGAGGCGGCGCCCCUCCUCCUCCUCCUCCACCACCACCACCUCCUCCUCCUCUCCUCAAGCCCCGUCGCCAUAGUGACACGGACAAACCCAAGGGCAAGCGGCCGUGCAAGACCAAACACACCAGCCAGAGGGACCGAGAGCGGGAGAAGAGGAAAGAGGCCACACCUAACAGCCCCGGUCAGCGUUGCGUGGCUGAUCUGGGAGCAGCUGAGGAUGACAAGCUGAGCGAGCAGCGUGGCGCUCCGAGGAAGGGAGCCGCCUCUCCUAAUCAUUAUCCCUGCUCUCCGGUCAAGCCCUGCUCCCCCGCCGCGCUCUGUCCGCCCUGCCUGCAGCCCCAGGCCAACAGCAGAGUGUGCGGCGGUGGCGUCCCACCAGAGGCGUCUGCAGCGGCGGCGGCGGCGGCGGCUGCAGCAGCGGUCGCUGGGCUGCACAGGACCCCCCCUGCCGAGCUCCCCACGGUGCGCCCGAUCCCGCCGGAGGCUCGUCGGCUGAUCGUGAACAAGAACGCCGGGGAGACUCUGCUCCAGAGAGCCGCACGGCUCGGCUACGAGGAGGUGGUGCUGUACUGUCUGGAGAACAGAGUGUGCGAGGUGAAUCACAGAGACUACGCCGGUUACUGCGCUCUCCACGAGGCGUGCGCCCGCGGCUGGCUCAGCAUAGUCCAACACCUGCUGGACUACGGAGCCGACAUCAACUGCAGCGCGCAGGACGGCACCAGACCGAUUCACGAUGCUGUGGAGAACGACCACCUGGACGUGGUGCGAAUCCUGCUGUCCUACGGCGCUGACCCCACCCUGGCCACGUAUUCCGGCCGCGGCCUGCUCAAGAUGACCCACAGCGACAGUAUGGAACGCUUCCUCACCGAUUAUUUUGCUGACCUUCAGGGCCGCUCAGAUGACGACCCGGGGCUUUAUUGGGAAUUCUAUGGCAGCGCUGUGUGUGAGUCGAGCGAAGAAGGCGGUGUCUAUGACAUCCUCGCUGACCCUCCGGGCCCAGAGGACGAGGAGGAUAAGAAGGAGGUGUUUGAGUUCGAGUUCUCUGACCGACCUCUGCUGCCUUGCUACAACAUCCAGGUGUCUCUCUCCCAGGGGCCGAGAAACUGGCUGCUUCUGUCCGACGUGCUCCGUCGACUGCGCAUGUCCGCCCGCGGCUUCCGACAGACCUUCCCCCACAUGGAGGUGGUGACCGUGGCCGAGGCGGAGUUUUACCGGCAGGCCUCCCUGUCGCAGCUCUUCUCCUGCCCGGAGGAGCUGGAGGGCUUCCACCCGGACAGCAAGGACCUGUUGGACCUGGUGGAAGACAGCGCCGAGCUGGCCGCCCUUCUGGGCUCCACACUGGAGUGUUUGGACGACCACUGGGAUCACCCAGCAGACAAACUGAAGGACAGAAUCAAGGCUAACGGCAAGUUGGGCUCAUCCUGACCCCUGCGCCCGCUGAAGCCACUAAACCUGGACUUUGAUCCAAACCGACUGCAGUUUGCUUUAGAACCAGCCCGAGGUUAUGAUGAUAUGCCUUAGCCUGACCUUUGUCCCCACGCUUAGGACCUGCUCUGGACCAGCACUGUACAGACGGACUGACCUGCUGGCUGACUGGGCUGCUGAAACGUUUAACUUUCCGUUAACUGAGGAUCAAUUAAUUUGUGACUCGAUAGACUUAAUAAUGGUCUUAUUUUUAUAAAUUAAUAUAUGUAUGUAUAAAUAAAUAAAUAAAAAUAUAUAUAUAUAUAUAUAGAUAUAUAAAAAUAUCAGAUUUUCUUUCUUUCGGAUGUUGCUCAUGACUCCCCUGAAAGAUUUUAUAUGACAACAGAGCGUUGUCAUGUUGUCAGCAAUUAGAUGAGACGUGCGAGCGGAGUGCACGGCACGCUGUGCCCGUGUGUAGCUGUACAGGAUAGUACUGAGACUGUGCUAUUGAAUGUGGUAUUUGUGUUUAUAGGAAGCACAUGAUGUCCUGUUUUUUUGUUUUUUUUCUCCCCAGACUUUAGCGCUGGCUUGAGCCUCAGGAGCGACUCUUUAUUGUAUCUCUCUUUUUAUUUUGAAAUUCUCGCUUCCUGUUUAGUAACUGUAAUUUAACCCGCAAAACUACAAAAAAUUGUUUGUAUAAUAAAGUUUUAAGAUAAUGUUGAUAUUCACCCUUCGGCACAGAGCUUGUAUAUAACAGGGAGGCGACUGCAGUAAAGUAAUUUUUUGGUGUGUUCAUUUUUGUUUUAACUUUGUAAUUAAAAUAUCUCAUAAUUUGUAUUUAUAUUUUACAAAAGAAGUUGCUUUAAAAUAAAUAUACAAACUGCAAGAGGA